AUGAGUGAGUUGGGAAAGAGAAGACUCGAUAGUUAUACUAUUUUAAUAGCAACACAAUAUUUCACAACACCGGAAGAUUUUGUCAAUGUUGUGUUGGUCUGUCGGAAAUUUGAAAAUACGUUGAACAAAUUCCGAUAUAACCCUAUCUCUGUCAAAACGAAAACACUCUUUCCGUGUAUGGAGACCCAAUAUUUAUACACUCUUGAGGACCAAAAAAUACCAAACUUAUUUGCAUAUUAUUAUUAUUAUACCAUUAGUUACUCAAAAGCAUUUUUCUUGCUCUCAAAAUCACUGACAAAAACACUCCAGAAAUUUCGCUGUGUGAAAUACACAGAAACUGAUUUGUCGAAAUUUGGCAUACAUCCCUUGGUGGAAAAAAUAACUCACGACACUGAGCGGAACGAGAGAAUUCAAAUCAAGGCGAUUGCCAGUAACCUCUUUGAGAAAUCAUUUUUGGUCACCGUCGGCGACAAAAGUGUUCAACAAAGGAAGUUACAUCAAGGAGGAGAUAUGACUAUUGGCACACAAGAAGAGAUACAAACGCACUGUUAUAUAACACUUCCCGACUCUAUUCAAGAAUAUGGGAAAGACUGCUUCUUCAAUUCAACUUCAUUGACAUCAGUUCAUAUAUCAAAUAACACUACGACGCUUCAAGAAGGCGUUUUUAGAGGGUGUGUAGCACUUGUUAAUGUCACACUAUCAACUAAUAUGACUUCUCUUGAAAAUUCCCUCUUUUCAGGAUGCUCAAAACUCCGCAAUAUAGAACUUCCGCUUUAUAUUAACAAGAUUGGGGAAAACGCAUUUUCACAUUGUAAGAGCCUGACAUCGAUAUCAAUUCCAAAGUCGGUGUCUUCAAUCGGCCAAUUCGCCUUUUGCUCCUGUGAAAAUUUGGAAACAAUCAAUUUGAAUAUGCUCGAAAGAAUCACCGCGUUCUGUUUUAGUGAGUGCUUCAAUCUGUCGAGUGUCGUCCUUCCAACUUCCGUCAUCGAAAUCGAGACCGCCGCAUUUAAGAGAUGCUCCGCUAUCACAAGACUCAAACUCACUAAGUCCAUCACAAAAUUCGGAGACAGCUGUUUUUACCUCUGCAACUGCAAACUCUUCAAGGACUACAUUCUCCCAGAACGCUGCUUCACUCUGCCAUAG